AGAUGGUAAGCUGCUCCUGGCGGCAAUCCAUGGAUGUUAGGUUCCGAUCUCCACCCACGCUGGGAUACCUAUGCGAUGGAGGUAUAUUGAGAUUCAAAAUUCUCCAGUCGAGAAUGGCAUAUCUUCUAUUGGGAUGCCAGGUUGGGAGGCAGGCCUCGAGCGGGAGGACUUACUUUUGAUCCCGGGCUCUGCCGUUGCUGGCACUUACUGGGCAAUCGGAGUGCUGGUGACGAAGACACUCCUUCCGGUUCCCUUGUUUGUAAAGCCUCUCACCCCGGCCG